AUGGCCGACCGAUACUCGUUCUCGUUGACGACAUUCUCUCCGAGCGGCAAGCUCGUUCAGAUUGAAUAUGCUCUCAAUGCCGUUAAUCAAGGUGUUACAGCACUAGGCAUCAAGGCCACCAACGGUAUCGUCCUUGCCACCGAGAAGAAGUCAUCAUCGCCCCUUGCAGAUGCCUCGUCCCUUUCCAAGAUCAGCCUCAUUACACCCAACAUCGGCAUGGUGUACUCGGGUAUGGGCCCCGACUACAGAGUGCUCGUCGACAAGGCACGCAAGGUCUCCCACUCCGGCUACAAGCGAAUCUACAACGAGUACCCCCCGACCCGGAUAUUAGUACAGGAUGUCGCUCGGGAGAUGCAGGAGGCGACACAGUCGGGAGGUGUCAGGCCGUACGGUGUCAGUCUGUUGAUUGCCGGUUGGGACGAGGGCAUCAUGCCGGAUGAGGAAGCACUGGUGCAAGGCGAGAUUAUCGACGCCGACGGCAACAAGAAGAAGAUCUCGAGCAAGACUGGCGGUAUCCACAAGGGCGGUCCCAUGCUUUACCAGGUUGAUCCUUCUGGCAGUUACUUCCCAUGGAAGGCCACGGCCAUUGGCAAGAGCGCAACAUCAGCCAAGACGUUCUUGGAGAAGCGGUACACGGAAGGUCUGGAGCUUGAGGAUGCAGUGCACAUUGCUCUGCUGACCCUGAAGGAGACUAUCGAGGGCGAGAUGAACGGCGACACCAUUGAGAUUGGUAUUGUCGGCCCUCCGGCAGACCACCUUCUCGGUGUCGAGGGUGUUGAGGGCGCCACUGGCCCUCGUUUCCGGAAGCUAACCUCUCAAGAGAUUGAGGACUACUUGACGAAUCUAUGA